UCAAACUCAAGAUGUCACUAAUUGUUCUUGUCUUUGACUUGUGCGUCUUGUGUUUUACUGAUGAUAAAAAAUUAAAAACAAAAAAAACCGAGUUCUUAUUUACUUAUAGUAGAAUAAAUAACACAAUUUACUAUUUUUUUUUUGUCACUCGGUUAUAAUUCAAAACAUAUAGUCGUGUAGCUAUUCUAGAUAAUUUUUUUAAAAAUAAACCGCCGUUUAUAUAUUUUCCGCGUACUUUUUUUUAUUUCUUAUUACCGCCACGCUGCAAGAACGCCAAUGUUACUUUACUAUUUAUUGUUGUUGUUGUUAAGGAUGUGUGUAUACAUGUACGGUUGUUAACAUUUGUUAGAAAACGAGAAAACAAUAAACAAAAACUGAAAAACAAAAAAAAGAUAGAGAGAUAACUUGAGAAUACAACAAAAAGAGACGAGUAUCGGCGUACUUAAUAAUACAAGUACAAUUGUAUUGUCCGUUUCAUCGGUAAAAAAAAAACAUGAUUUUGUUUUUUAAAUAAUAAAUUAUAAUUAAACUUAAUUGAUGAAUAAAUAAUAAAGGGUAAUUUUUUUUCUUUAAUCAAGUGUAAGCAGUGAAAUUAAAUGUAUGAUAACAAAUAUGAAAGUUACUAUUAAAAGCUGGACUGGUGUUUCUACUUGGAGAUGGAUUGCUAAUGAUGAUAAUUGUGGAAUUUGUCGAAUGCCUUUUGAUGCAAGUUGUCCCGAUUGUAAAACUCCUGGUGAUGAUUGUCCUUUAGUAUGGGGACAGUGCUCGCAUUGUUUUCACAUUCACUGUAUCAUGAAGUGGUUACACUCCCAACAAACCAGCAGCCUAUGUCCAAUGUGCCGCCAGGAAUGGAAAUUCAAAGAAUAAAUAAACAUAAUAAUAAUUAUUAUUAUAUUUUAACAUCAACAAUAGUUUAAGCAGAAAAGAGAAAGAAAAAAAAAAAAAAGAGAGUCACGUGAGUAGCUUAGACGUGCAAAAGAUAUUUGUAGGAGAAUCAGAGAUUGUAAAUUCAGUCUACUGCUGCUGCUGUUGAUGACGAUUCACCGUUAACGUGUAAUAUAA